UUCCCGGCGUGCCCCGCGGCGGCGGCGGAGGGGGAAGAAGAUGGAGGCGCACGGCGAUGAGGGGGAGGCCCCGUCGCCGCCUCCCGGGCCCGGCGGCGGUGUGAACGUCUUCGCCAAUGAUGGCAGCUUCCUGGAGCUGUUCAAGCGGAAGAUGGAGGCGGAACAGCAGCGGGAACGUGAAGCGGCGGCCGCGGCAGAGGCUACCGGAGGGGCCGGGCCUGGCCCGCACCGCUCGGCCGAUGGGGCGAAGAGGAGCGGCGGCGCUCUGGGCUUCGUGGGCAGGAGGCGAGGGGGAAACAAACUGGCCCUGAAGACCGGCGUGGUGGCAAAGAAGCAAAAGACCGACGAGGAGGUUUUGACGAGUAAAGGCGACGCCUGGGCCAAAUACAUGGCAGAGGUGAAGAAGUACAAAGCACAUCAGUGCAGUGAUGACGACAAAACGCGGCCCCUGGUGAAAUAACCACCCACUCCCAGGACAUAAUUACUGUACAUAAUUAAUUAUUUAAGGGCACAGGCGGCUCCUUUCCCGGCGUUUUUAUAUGUACAAAUAUAUAUAUCCCCACUGCACCCCAGGACUCUGCCGCCUGUGAUGCCUCGGGGGGUGGGUGGGGGGCACAGCCCGCUGCUCACCCCCUCUGCAGGACCCCCACAGCCACGUUUCACCCCCCUUUCCCCCCGCCCGACUCCGUUUUGGGGUUAAAAGUGGAGAACUGGGGGAGGCUGAGGGGAGAGGUGCUGCUGUCGCUUCAUUAAAGAUCUCGGAGGUUUUGGAGAG